AUGAAUCUGGUCCUUCCAUUCUUUUUUCUCUUUGCUCUUGCAAUUUGCAACAAUCCACGUUCUGUUUGCUCCGGGAACACUGCAGGCACAAGAUCUCAGUGGUGUGAUUACAGCAUCGACACCAACUACUACGACCAUGUCCCCGACACUGGAGUUGUGAGAGAGUACCAUUUCGACUUGCAGCAGAUCACUGCAUCGCCGGAUGGGUUCUCUCGCAUCGCUUAUGCGUUCAACGGGAUGGUCCCGGGACCAACCAUCGAGGCGGACUGGGGCGACACUGUUGUCGUCCACGUGUCCAACAACCUCACGCUGGCGCAGAACGGCACCUCUAUCCACUUCCACGGCAUCCGUCAAAACUACACUAAUGAGAUGGACGGCGUGACGGCUAUUACGCAAUGUCCAGUUCACGCCGGUGGAUCAAUGACUUAUAAGUGGCGCGCCACGCAAUACGGGACCUCGUGGUAUCAUUCCCACAUUGGCCUGCAGGCCUGGGACGGCGCCUCCGGUGCUAUCCGGAUUAACGGGCCGACAACUGCCAACUAUGACGUGGAUAAGGGCACUAUCUUGCUCUCGGACUGGACUCACCCGACCGCGAGCUCGCUGUACUCCUCUGCUUUGACGAAUGGUCCUCCUUUCAUCAGCAACGGCCUCAUCAACGGCACCAACACGUGGAACAACUCUGGGACAGUCGUCGGGAAUCGCUUCAGCACUUCAUUCGAGGCAGGCAAGAGUUACCGGUUCGGGCUGAUUAACGGUGCCCUCGACACACACUUCAAGUUUACGAUUGACAACCAUACCAUGACUGUCAUUGCAGCAGACUUUGUCCCCAUUGUCCCAUAUCAGACUACUGUCCUUGACAUUGCUAUUGGUCAAAGGUAUGACAUUGUUGUUACUGCGGACCAGCAAUCCGUGGCCGACAAUUUCUGGAUGCGUGCUCUGGUGCAGACAACUUGCUCCAACAACGACAACCCCGACGACAUCCGGGGCAUCAUUCACUACGGAAGCGAGAUUUCCACGCCAACCACCUCGGUAUAUGAUUACGUCGAUGGCUGUAUCGACGAGCCAGUGGAAAGCUUGGUACCUCACGUGGCACUCAGCGCCGGAACUUCAGACCAGUCGAAUCUGGAGCAAGUCUCCAUCCUCAACUCCGAUGGCGUCUUCCUUUGGGCUCUUAACAACACGUCCUUCUAUGCCGACUGGGCCAACCCAACCCUGCUUCAGGUCUACAACAACGCGACCAACUUUACCACCCGGAGCCACGUCAUUCAGCUCGACCAGGCGGACAGCUGGGUCUACGUCAUCAUCGAGGCGACCAACGGCGCCGCGCACCCCAUCCACCUACACGGCCACGACUUUUACAUCGUUGCACAGGGCUCCGGAUCGUUUGACUCGUCGACGGAUCUGUUCAGCCUCACCAAUCCUAUGCGCCGCGACGUGGCGAUGCUGCCCGGCUCUGGACAUCUGGUGCUGGCCUUUAAGACGGACAACCCCGGCGCGUGGCUGAUGCACUGUCACAUUGGGUGGCACACCAACAUGGGACUGGCCCUUCAGUUCGUGGAAAGACAGGAGGAGGCUCGGAAGCUUAUCAACUACGACUUUCUCAACGACACCUGCGCGGGCUGGAAGGAGUACGCCACGCUGGUUUCCCUUGAGCAGGAGAUAUACGACGACGGUAUCUAA